UGCGACCAGAUGCCGGAAAUGUAACAACCCAUCAUCCAGCUUUUCGAGGGCUAUAAAAUAAGCUCUCUCUAUCUAGUGCUCUGCCGUCAUCGGGUACACGAGCGCAGCAUGGCAGCGCCUCGAAGAAGAAUUGCAAGCCUUGCAGAUAUCCACCAGAAGGAGAACCCCACUUUGUCGCUUGAACCUCUUUCCAACUUACGCGAAGAAUCGUUUGAACAACCUGACUGUCCGCUUGUUCUAAAACCCAAACCGCUUAGAGACUUCAGAAGUUUGCCACCCGGUCAAAUGGAAACACGUGACCUCAUCAGUCUCUACUGGCAGGACGUGGCGGCCGCUCAAUCGCUGAAGGAACCUGAACGCGGCUCACUGACCGUACAGCUUGGAUACAACGCGGCGAAAGGACACAUCUGCGUGAAGGUACUGGAAGGUCAAAAUCUGCCGGCACUUGAUGAUCUCUCCGGAAAGUCGGAUCCGUAUGUCACAGUCCAGGCUUUCCCAUUCGAUGUGUUUGAAGGCUCAGCAGCUAAAAUCCGGACGACAGCAACAAAGAGACGAGAUCUGCGACCGGUCUUCAUGGAAAUGUUUCGCAUUCGAUGCAGACCUAGCGCGAUAACUCACGACAAAGGUGGUGCAAUAUUAUUCACAUGUUACGACUACGACUUCUUGGCGCGUGACGAUAUGAUCGGCGAGGCCGUCCAUCUUCUACCUGGAACGAAUGAAGUGAAAAACGAGAGUGAAGUCGACUGUUGUGAUGUCAUCACUUUGCCUCUCUUGUUGCCCUCACAACCUUCGUGUAGCAGUUGUGCAUACGCUGAGUUGGAGAGGAGAACGAUAUCGGACGAAAAAGCAUUGGAAUUUAUUGAAAGCAGAAAGAAAGCUUUUAAGAUGGCGGAGAACGAGAGAUCGUAGAACUAGAGAAGACCACUGUGUAGUAAGUGAGUUACGUGAGCACGAAAAAGUGCAUUUUAGUGCAUUUUCUUGAUUAUGGAUGUUGAAAUUGCAUGUUUUUAAUUUACAUCACAUUUUAUAUAUUUUGUGCUAGUAAUGUUGUAGUGUUCUAGAAGCAUAUUAUAACUCAACAAUCAUAUAAUCAUUAAACAUAUGAACAAUAAAUAAAGCAC